AUGAUUGCGUUAAAUGACCAUUUCCAAGAGUUUAUGGUGCAAACAAUGGAGACACUAUAUUUUAGUCUAUCCAGAUAAGUUAAAGCGGAUAUUUGCAGAUUCUAGGAGGAUUAACUAAUGAUCCCUCUCACAAUCUUGAGCCAAUUUGCUUUACCAAACUUUUAAUAAUCUGAUUCUUCUAAAGUAAUUGUGAGAAUAAAUGAAGAUAAUGAUGAUCAAUUAGCUAUAGGCUUAGAGGGGAACUAAAAUGUUGCAUAUCUAGUAUAUUCAAUAAGUCAAAAGGUAUUUUUAAAACAGUAGGCAUUUAAGAAUCCUGGACAAGAUAAUAAUGGAAAUUCAAUUAUUAAGAAUUUUGUGUUAGAAGAAAUGGCUUUUAGCAAUGAUUAAUUGAUCAUUCUACUUUCAGAUAUGAUUGGGAAAUUUUAGUAUAUUAUAAGAUUAGAUUCAAAUGAUUACUAUCUUAUAAACAUGAUUAUGACUGAUUCAACUCAAAUUUUCUACAGAUCCUUUGCUUUUUCAGCAUCAUUAAAGGUAAUGAUCAGAGGAGGUUACGAAAUUAGCAGUUACAGACCUUGCAUUGAAGUUAAAAAUGAAUUAAUGAUUCUCAACUAUAAAUCUAUAUGCUUUGGUAGCACAGGAAAUUAAUAAGGAGAAAGUAGUGACAGUAAUAGCGGAACUAAAAUUAGUAUGUGCAUAUUCACUCAAGAUAACUUUGGAAUAAUUAGCGCAACUUUAGCUGCUCAACUCUAGAUAAAAUCAUCGCAAUUUACUAUUGGUGGGGUGCAAUUCACUAAAUAGAACGAUUUGGUAGGAUUUUUCGCAGGAUACUUUAAUAACAUAGAUUUUAAAGGAAAGACUUACUACUAGUAAAAUCCUGCAAAAUCAACACCUUAUGUAAUGGCUUUGAGUGACUAGUUAAGUUGCUUCACCAUUACUUAGAGCCAAGUUUCAAAUAUCGUUGGAUCAGCUACUGAUUUAGAUUCAACUUAAUUAGACUUUUAAAAUACAAUUUGCCAAUGGGAAAUAGAGUAACCGCUAAAUUAUGUUGAUUCAUCUACCUCAAACUGCGCUGUUCUUUUAGGUAUAUAUCCAUAAAUAUAGAAAGAGGAUAUAAAAAUAGAUUAAAAAACAUAUCCAGACUGGUGUACUUAUUAUACAAAGCCAGAUAAUUUGACUAAAACAUAUAAAGUAAAUGAACCCAAGCUAGAAUUCUAGGUUGAACAAUUUAUAUCUAAGUGUCAAACUGAUUAAAUUUAGUACUCUCUUCAGGCAUUAGUAAAUUAAAUUGUAAAAAUCAAUCAUCCAAUUACCUACAAACUUCCAUAGAUACUUAACCCUUAAGCAAACUUCUACUCUCUAACAAUAUAAGUUGUAAAUGAUACCAUAUAAUAAAAUGAAGGGGCAUAAGAUGUAAAUUAGGAUCCUGAAAAAAAUGAAAAUCCUCCUAAUGAAUAAGAAAUUCCAAAUUAACCUUAAUAAGAUUUCAAGAUUUCAGUAAAGAACUCUGUGAAUAUUAAUAAAAAUGGCAUUGCUAAAAGAUAGUUAUAAACCGAUUAUGAUAUAUUACAAGUGAAGUUUAAACUAAACAAUUACUUUAUGUCCAGUUCUUCAAAGAAGCCAAUUAAAAAUUAAUUCAUUGCCUAAAAAUCAACUACUCUUUAAUACUUGUGGGGAAUGAUUAACUCACUACAGCUAAUUCUUCAUAUGCCUAUCAUGGAUUUAAGCUUUCCUGCUAAUGCAAAGAUGGUUUUUAAUCAAAUGAUUUCAAUCUCCUAAUUUGAUAUUCUACCAAGCGAAGAAAUAAUUAGCACAUUUUUUAUAUUUGACGAUGACCUUAAACCUUUGAAUUUCAGAUUUGAAGAAAUGGAUAUCUUUAAUAAGCAAUCUUUUGUUUUUCAAAAUUUUAACUUUUCCAAGAUAUAGCAGCAUGAAUUUAAUACUAAGUAUGGGAUCUAUGUUUCUAUUUAUGAUGAUUAUCAUUAUUGUUACUGCGGGAACUUUGUUGGAAUUCAAUUCAAUAACUAAUAUGAUUUCAUCGCUAUUGUCAGUUUCAUUAUUUGCAUCACUUUUAUUGUUUCCCCUGAUAAUUCUAUAUCUGUUAUGUUAUUUCAAACAAUGAUAGAAUUAAAAAAUAAAAUAUAAGAGGCUAUUUAAAAGAUAAAGAGUAGAUCAUAAACUAAACUAAAAAAGUAUGAAUCAUAAAAUCUAUAAUUCUUGGGAAAAUCAGAUUUUUCCCCUAAAUUCGAUAGAAAUCAACCAAUACUGAUAAACAUUCCAAUAGAUGAUGAAAUUAAUUGGCCAAAAGUCGCCAAAAUAAACUUUUCUACACCAUAAAAUGAUAAAACAUCGAUUAUAGAUUAAGCUGAUUUCUCAUGUUUACAUUUAAAAUCAUUUGACUAAGAAUCAAUUAAUGAAUGCCAAACUAACAGAUUUGAGAAUGACUAUAGCGAUGUUAAAUUAGGCUAAAGUGAUUACUAAGGAUUAGAGGAGAUAUUAGAUGAAAUUCCUACAAAAGCAAGAAAUAAAAUUGAAGACUUUGAAGAUAUAGAUUCCUUUUAAUAAUUAAAAAAAGAUUAGAAGGAAUCUACUUUUGCUAACAUUCAGAAGAAAAAAAGAAUAGCAUUUGAAAAAAUCAAGUAAUGA